UUUUCUCACCACAAAAGAAGAUAUUCAUGAUCAAGAUAUACAUACAAAGCUACUACAUAUCUAAAAUUUGAAUCAGCUAGAAAAAAAAAACCUGCCACAUAUCUUGCAUUGUGAGCCGCAAUGUCAAAAACAUUCAUCGUAUGGGCAGGCCAUUUUCACAAUUACGUCAGAUGACUUCCUUUCUGACUCGUUGCGGUGUAUCUGUACUUCCAGCGUGCUUCUGCCUCGAAACUGGAAAAUGUACGUAUACUCAUCAUCUUUAGGAUAUAGCGAAAGCAACCCACCUAACAAACAUGGCACAAUCAUCAAGACGUUGCUAUUGCAGCGUACCACGCUGUUCUAGCAACAAACAAAAAAACCCAUAUUUGAGUUUCCAUGAUUUUCCCGUAGACCCAGAUAUACGUGCCUGUUGGGUGAGAGCAAUCAGGAGAGAUGAGGGACCAAGUUUUCAAAUCAUCCGUGGGAGCACCUAUGUCUGCAGCCAGCACUUUGCCCCGGAGGACCUCAGCACAUCAGCCAGUGGAAGAAUUCGGAUUAGACAAGGAGCGGUGCCUUCUAGAUUUCACUGGAAUGAUUGGGGGAGAAGCUUACAAGCUCCUGAGUCUGUUUUCAUUCUAACCAAAAAGUAUUUUGGUGCUGCUGGCCAGGAUGACUUCCAGAAGAUGCCUGACCCUGGGGACUGCACAGAGGAGGGAUUGCUUGCAAGUGCAGUGGCUAAAGAUCAUGACUAUGCCUGCAAUCUUCCGGGUAAACUGGACACUGCCACACGGAGAAUUGAAGAGCUGGAGCUCCAGGUUUUGUCGUUGGAAAUGGAAAUCCAGCAGCUGACUCUUAAGAAAAAGCUGCCACUGAUUUUCAGGUUUUGCGUCACAGAUGAAGAUUUUCGUCACUACACGAAAUUCAACUCGAAGGAGGUCUUCGCUGUGUUUUGGGAGUCGGUUAAGCCUUCUGCUUCAAGGCUGGUGUACUGGUCCAAGGCACAGCGGUCUGCAGAAGAAACGCCUAGUCCUCAGCGAAAACCUCCGCUCAUCGACGAACUGUUCAUGUUUCUUUGUCGUGUUGCAGCCGGACUUCAGGAGAAGACUUUGUCGUCCAUCUUUGAGGUCAGUUUGCCCACAGUGAGUCGCAUCAUCUUAACGUGGACUAGCUACCUUUACCAGGUUCUUGGCUCGCUGCCGUUGUGGAUGACAAGAGAGCAAGUUGAGGCCACCAUGCCUGACAAGCUCAAGCAGUGCUGCCCCCAGGUGAGAGUGGCAGUGGCCUGCACUGAGAUCCGCUGUGAAACGGCACGCUCCAAAAACCACACCACCUUUAAAGGUCUGAUUGGCAUCGCUCCAUGUGGGAUCAUCACUUUUGUAUCCAAACUGUACAGAGGCUCCAUCUCAGACAUAGAAAUAACUCGGAAAUCAGAGAUUUUGGCGCUGCUUCGGCCCGGAGACGGAGUAGUGGCCGACGAGGGUUUCCGGAUUGAGAAGAUUCUGUCAGAGGUCGGGGCAGCACUCAUCGUCCCUCCACUAACAAAACCCACCAGUAAAGACACCCAGAAGACCCAGGCUGUUGCUGGACUGAGGAUUUUGGUGGAGAGGGCCAUACGAAGGGUGAAGGAGUACCAAAUCUGGGACGGUCUUGUUCCUCUUUCUCUGGUCGGUUCUGUCAAUCAGCUGUGGGUCGUCUGCUGCCUAAUGGCAAACUAUCAGGGACCGCUUGAUCUAAAAGGAGACAAACCAGUCUAGAGCCUCCAUGCUCCUGCAAGCCUCACUUCUUUGAUGAACAUACACUCGCCGGCCACUUUAUUAGGUACACCUGGCUAGUACAGAGUUGCCUUCAUAACUGGUUUUUAUAUGUUUAUCUUGGCUGAAUAGGGAUCUUACAUUUUCCUGUAACCUGCUGCUGAAUUUCCCCUCUGUCAAUAAAGGAUAUCUCUUUUUUUUCUUUUGAGUAGGAACUUGGGUAAUUGGACUUAAGAGUUAAAAAGAACCCCUGAUUGACCCCUGAUCUCUGCAGUGUUUCUAACAUUCUCUAUAUCAAACCGCUGACACCGAACUGAUCAAUAAACCCAUUCAAUAAUUUCAAUAAAGCUCCACCUAUCUCACCUUUAGGGUGCAACCUACAGCAUGGCUGGUCUGUAAUCAGCGCUCUGAUUAUUUCACCUUUUACCUCAUUAGGAACUUCCUGUUUCAGCUCCUAUUUUAUGACAAAUAUAGUUUUGUAAACAUGAAAAGACACUAAAUGAGCGUCUCAAUACUGUAUGAUAAAAUUGCAUGUUCAUUAAUAUGCAUUAUCCCAUUGGAGAUAUCUGUUUUUAUGUUAAUUCUAUUGAAACUUAUUAUUGGUUUACUGUAUAUCUUGGGGUUCAUUUGUAGGUUAACCUUUUUUGUUCGUUUGUUUUUUGUUUUGCCUUCGUAAGUCAGACAGGAAGAGCUGUGGGGCCAUUUUCUAUAAGUAUAGAAACAGGACCAGCAUGCACUGGGGUGGGCUUAUGUUUUGUUUUUUUUAAGCAGGAGGAGAGGAAGGAAACAAUAGAAAGAUAAAUCUGCAUUUAUUGCUUAUCAUGGUGGAGAAAUAAACCGUAAAAUGCAACCUUG